AUGUGCCAAUAUAAAUCUGAUUUUCUGAGUGGAUUAAGAGUUCUAGAACUUGGAGCUGGACUUGGAGUUGUUGGUCUAACCGCUGCGACACUUGGAGCUCAAGUUACAAUUACAGACUUACCAGAAGCUCUACCGUUGAUACGAUUGAAUAUCAACGAAAAUAAGUCCAAGAUUGGUAGUAUGGGUGGCUACGCAACUGCAGAAUCACUUAUUUGGGGAGAUCAGUAUUCUGAAAUAUUCAAUGAAGAAUAUGAUUUAAUAGUUUUAGCUGAUUGUAUUUAUUAUGAAGAAUUGGUGAUGUUGACUAAAAUGACAUUCCAUUUACCUGAAACUGCAGUGUCAUCUACAAUUGAAGGGAUCGAAAGAGAUACCAAUCAAAUGAAUUCUAGAUUUUUAAUGGAAAUAAAAGUUUACAUAGUACUACUAGUAGUGGUAGUAACUUCUAUAUGGAGGACGCAUUAA